AUGGCAAACAAGUUUGGAUUAGGUUCUUUACCUCUAGAAUCUAAAAAUCCCAUGAGUUCUACGGCGUUUAUAAACAAAGCGAGACCUUUUUUCGUGGAUCAAAUCGGAGACACCUUACAAGGGGAUAUCGAUAUGAACAAUUUCAAAAUAACUAAUUUAAAGUUUCCAGGAAAUGAUAACGAUGCCGUGAACAAGAAAUAUUUACUGGAUCAAAUAAACGCAAUUCAAAUAGAUAAGGACCAUGUUGAAAAUAGAAUAACUGACGUGAAAAGAUUCAUCAGACGAAAUAUUAAAAAUCUUGUGGACGAACCCAAACUACAACAAGAGUUAACGAGUUUGAAACGUCUUAUUCAAGUGGAUAAAACAAGUCAGUUGCAAAAUUUAAUAUCUAAAUUAGACGAUAAGAUUACGAAGGUAAAAAUAGACGCCCAACGUUUAAUAGACAACCCAAAUGUAAACGAGGAUAGAUUGAAACGAAAACUAACCGCUUUGGAAAGAAAACUUGGCGAAUUUCUAGCAGAACUAGACAAGACCGCGGACAAAACCGAGUUACAAAAUUCGAUAUCCAAUUUGAACGAAAAGAUCGCGAAGCAAAAAUCAGAUGUUCAAGAUAUAAUUAACACACUUCCCAUUGACAAAGAUACGUUGAAACAACAAUUGACUGCUUUGGAUACUAAAAUCACGGACGAAUUAGAAAAAGAAGUGGGUGUGAUUAUAAACUUUCUUCAAAAUAAAUUUCGAGAUGAUAUGAAAAAUUAUAUUAAAGAACAGGUCAAUCUUUUGGUAUCUAGAAUUCAUGACGAUUUUUUGAGACAAGAGAGAAAGUUGAGCAAAUUAGAAGCUAUUGUCACGGACAAAUCGUAUUAUUUCAAUCUUCGAUUCGAAAGUGACACUGUCUUCGAUAGAAAAGAUCAAAUUUAUAAAUCAAACAAAUACGGAUUCAAAGCAGAAAUAAAAGUAGGUACUCUCGCAUACGGAGAACCUAAAAACGUAUUCGAUAUCGGCGAAACGCAAGAGUUUUCUUUUCGAGGUAAUUGUCUGAUUCAAAUAGAGUUUCCCAUGAAGGUUAAAGUCAAUAAAGUAGUCUUCAAACAAACCGGUAAGGCCGUCGAACAUAUUUCAUUAUUCAAUGAUGGUAAUUUGGAAGAGAAUAUACGUUUGAUUGAUAAAAGGGAUCAGGAAAUUGAAACGAAAAAUGGUAAAUAUGUAGACACCUUUAAAAUGGAAGUAGAAAAUGAUAAGGAUAUCAUUGGAAUCAAAGAUUUGGAUAUGAUAUUGGAGACGGAAAAUCCACCAUUAACCAACAUUGUCAAAAUUCCACCAUCACUUAUAAUACCCGUAUACGUACCCGGACCAAUAGAAUCGAGCAGUCACGAGUUUUUACGAACAACAGACUUUGAAUACGUAAAACUGUAUUUUGUUUUAGGUGGAAAAUACACCUCGAUCGAUGUUCAUAAAAGUCAACAAGAAAGAGAGUUUAUAGUACAUUUAUCGUUUGCCGAAGGUUCCGACUCCAUCCUUGAAGGUGGUGGUUUUAUUUCUAGAGCCAAGAUAAACAUCGAAAAAGAAAAAAUAAAAUAUUCCUAUCAUCUUAAAGAGGACCAUACGAAAAAAAGAAAUGUCGUUAGUACGCGAAAAAUAAUUUUAAUGAAAGACAAUUUCCAAGAAAUACAAAGAUCGAGAGUUGGCAGAGGAGGAACUGAUCUGCUUAAAAAGAUCAAUGAAUACGAAGGUGAAAAGUGUUACAUACCUACAGAUGGUCACUGUUUUAUCAAAUGCGUCAAUCGUGUUUUGAACAAAGAUUUAACGUGUAAAUUUCAAGAAUACAUCAACGGGUUUUCAAAAGCAAAUAGAAAAGGAGUGAUGACUUGUGCUAGAAUGAAUGAAUUCAACAAGAAAUUUAACACUUCGUUUCAAAUUUAUAAUCCCAAAAACAGACAUUUUCACCCCAGAGACGUUCACGAUGAAUUAGAUUGGGUUUUGUACUUACACAACUCGCAUUUCUGUUUGAUUAGAAAAAGCCAAAAAAGUUUGGGAAUUCAAGAAAUAGAAGGCAAUUACGAACAGGUGUGGAAAACGUGUAGAGACGACAACGCAGUAACACAGGUUUCACCUCUCAAACUAAACGUGCUUUCGAGUAUGAGUGAUGAUGCGUUUUUCGCUUGGGAUUGCGAAACGUAUUCAGAAAAAGACACGCGAAGAGCAAUUCCUUAUGCCUGCACUUUAAUUAAUUCAGAAAACUAA